UCAAAGCGAACAUAGCCAACCGGCGCUGUGGUUCCAUUGGUCUACUCUGAUUUGAAUGGGGCGAGUCCUAGCGGCCAUGCCCCUCCCUCCUUGCGUUCCCAUUGGCUGCUGAUGCACUAGAGGCGUUUCCGACCGCGUCUCAACACCGCCCCCCGCCGCUCAUUGGCUGGCUCUCCCGAAGAGGCCCGGGAGGCCGCGGUCCGGGAGCUGCGGCGACUCAGGCGUCCUAGCCGGCGGGGUGAUCGUUGGCCGGCGACAUGACGCCCGACGACCCCGAGGAGAUCCCGCUGCUCCUGAGGCCAGGCGGCAGCGCUCCCCGCGGCCGCCUCCUCUUCCUCGCCGCCUUCGCCGCCUCGCUGGGCCCUCUCAGCUUCGGCUUCGCGCUCGGCUACAGCUCCCCGGCCAUCCCGAGCCUGCGGCGCUCUGCGCCCGCAGCCCCGCGCCUCGACGACAGCGCCGCCUCCUGGUUCGGGGCCGUCGUGACCCUGGGCGCCGCCGCGGGGGGCGUACUGGGCGGCUGGCUGGUGGACCGCGCUGGGCGCAAGCUCAGCCUCCUGCUCUGCACCGCGCCCUUCGUGGCCGGCUUUGCCCUCAUCACCGCGGCCCAGGAUCUGUGGAUGCUGCUCGGGGGCCGCCUCCUCACCGGCCUGGCCUGCGGCGUCGCCUCGCUCGUGGCCCCGGUCUAUAUCUCUGAAAUUUCCUACCCAGCAGUCCGGGGACUGCUCGGGUCCUGUGUGCAGCUGAUGGUCGUCAUGGGCAUCCUCUUGGCCUACCUGGCAGGCUGGGUCCUGGAGUGGCGCUGGCUGGCGGUGCUGGGCUGCGGGCCCCCGACCCUCAUGCUGCUGCUCAUGUGCUGCAUGCCCGAGACGCCGCGCUUCCUCCUGACUCGGCACAAGCACCAGGAGGCCAGGGCCGCCAUGUGCUUCCUGUGGGGCUCUGAUGAGGGCUGGGAAGAGCCCCCCGUCAUGGCUGAGCAUCAGGGCUUCCAACUGGCCCUGCUGAGGCACCCAGGUGUCUACAAGCCCUUCAUCAUCGGCAUCUCACUGAUGGCCUUCCAGCAGCUGUCCGGCGUCAAUGCUGUCAUGUUCUAUGCAGAAACCAUCUUUGAGGAGGCCAAGUUCAAGGACAGCAGCUUGGCAUCGGUCAUCAUGGGCGCCAUCCAGGUGCUGUUCACAGGCGUGGCAGCCCUCAUCAUGGACAGAGCAGGGCGGAGGCUGCUCCUGACAUUGUCAGGUGUGGUCAUGGUGUUCAGCACCAGCGCCUUCGGCACCUACUUCAAGCUGACCCAGAGCGGCUCCAGCAACUCCUCCCACGCGGACCUCUUGGCGCCUGUCCCCUCGGAGCCUGUGGACACCAGCGUGGGGCUGGCCUGGCUGGCUGUGGGCAGCAUGUGCGUGUUCAUUGCCGGCUUCGCGUUGGGCUGGGGGCCCAUCCCCUGGCUGCUCAUGUCUGAGAUCUUCCCUCUGCACGUCAAGGGUGUGGCUACCAGCAUCUGCGUCCUCACCAACUGGCUCAUGGCCUUUCUGGUGACAAAAGAGUUCAGCAACCUCAUGGCUGUCCUCAGGCCCCAUGGCACCUUCUGGCUCGCCUCCGCCUUCUGCAUCUGCAGUGUCCUCUUCUCUUGGUUCUGUGUCCCCGAAACCAAAGGAAAGACUCUGGAACAAAUCGCAGCCCACUUUGAGGGCCGAUGACAGCUGGGCUGGCGUGGAGGGCAUGGAGUGGCGUGGGCCUCGGCUUGAGCCUGGAGCCCCUGGCUAAGCCAGCCCAGGGGAGCUGAGUGCGGGCCACAGCCCCUUGUGCUGGGCCUCCGGGGUGACUCCCCGUCCAUCCUGCCGCCCCGGGGACUCAGAACAUUGCUGAGGAGCCCUGCAGUCCUGAGGGCAGCCCUCUGCACGGUCUUCUUCGUGACCCUAAAGAGGCCAAAGAGGAGCAGGCUGGCCUCCCGGCUCCUGCUUCAUGGCUGGAGAAGCUUCCGGAAGCUGAGUGCUGGACACCCGCUUGCUCUCGGGAGCUCUCAUUGUAAGCUGUCCGUGCAGUGGCUGCACUGUCAGGAAGGAACUUGCAGAAUAAAGAUCUGACUUAGAAAUCAG